AUGAAUGUUAACCAUUCGCGGUUUUUGGCGGAGGCAUCACCGGGAGCGAAGUGGAAGUCAAAGCCUAACGAGACGGGAUCAUCAAACACAGGUGUAUUUGACCCCUUGAAUGGAAAUGGGUUCGAGAAGGUCGCUGAGGGCAAGGGGAAACUAUCACCCACGUCCUCCCAUUUGUUCAAAUUAACCCUACCACUUGACCGAGUUCAAAACGACAUGGAGAAACGGGGUAAUCCUAAAGCAGCUCGCAGAGCUGCACCUCCAACAGUCCUACUCCUGCAUCCAUCACAACCUCUGUCUCACGUCAGCCGCCUAAUAUUAGCGUCGCUCGCGCCAUCAAUGCCAUCCAUCUCGUUCCAAAACAAGUCUACGAGUGGCCAAACCAUCCAAUGGUCCCACUCCACGGACAUCGGGGACUUCAUCAAAGACGCUGCCCGCGAAGCCGAGUUUUCCAUACACUUCACGCACGAGGACAACCGGACAACGACCACGGCCCAAACCAAAAACGACGACACCUGUGACACAGGCGAAGGAGGGGAGGGUGAACAGGCGGAGACGGUGAUUGAGGUAGAGGUGCCGACGUUUGCGGAUAGGACGAGGUUCUUGAGGAGGAAGCUGGAGUUCGUGAAGGAGAGGUUGAGGGAGAUGGAGGUGCUGAAGAAAGAGUGCGACUACGCGGCUCAUCAAGGUGCAAGGCGGAUGGCUUUGAGUGGCUUUGGCAUGCUGGUUGUGUAUUGGGGGCUCGUCGCAAGGCUGACCUUCUGGGAUUUUGGGUGGGAUGUCAUGGAGCCGAUAACGUACCUCUCGGGGCUCUCCACCGUCAUCUGCGGUUACCUCUGGUUCCUCUACCAAGGUCGUGAAGUAUCCUACUCCUCUAUCCUCUCCCGAUCAAUAUCCACUCGUCGCGAAGCGCUCUACAAGUCUCGAGGGUUGGAUAUUGAGAGGUAUGUGGACCUUAUUGCAGAGGAGAAGGCUAUCAAGCGGGAGAUCAGUAAGAUCGCGGAGGAUUAUGAUGAGGUGAGGUAUGAGAGGAGGGAGGAGGAGCAAAAGGUGACGGAGGCAGAGGAAAGUGAUGAGGACGAGAAGGAAAGGCGGAGGAACAAGGAGAUAGAACCGUUGUUCGGGCAAGGCAAGGACUAG